AUGAGUGGUAAAAUCCCCCUUCAGCCGCUGUAUCCUGAAUAUCUCUCGGAAUCCCCGGAGAAUGAGUCAGCCAUCAAGCAUGAGUGUGCGAUCCCGACACACGCCCAGCUGGCUUCGUUUGGAUUCUCGCCCCAUGUUGAACUGGUUUCUGGGCGUGGAGACCCUUCGUCACCCCAUCCAAUUCCAAGCGAACGAUCCUCGAAUCCUAAAGUUCCCAUACCCCGAACUACGCGUCCCGUUACCUGGACCAGCAGCAGCCGCGUUGGUCGUGCGUGUGAGAAUUGCCGCGAUCAAAAAGCCAAAUGUAGCGGGCAUCGCCCUUCCUGCCAGCGCUGUCAAGAUGCUGGAGUUUCAUGUUCCUACAGCGACCGGAAACGCGAGAAGAUGGUUAAGCAGCUAGAAGAGUUUACCACGCAGGUUAAUACCUACGAAACCUUGCUGCGAGAUCUGUACCCGAGACUCGACCCAUCGUUGGCUCAGCAUGUUGAACAGACUCUCCGCGGCCAACGUGGGCAACUAGUGAAAGUGAGAUUCCACGGCCUUCCCAUACCCUAUCUCCCUUUUUCCUACACUCCCCCCGAUCCCAUCAAAAUACCAUCAGCAGAAUAUCUAAUCAUGAGCCCUUCGGUGUCUUUUUCUGAAGUCGGAACUUCGAGCUAUCCAUUGGCAGCAAUAGAUCACACCACCGAGGACUUCAACCGCGAUGAAAAAGUCCAGGCGAUGGGGUUUGUGGGCGAGCACUCGGAGAUGGCAUGGUUGUACAAACUCAAGCGCGACCUCGACUAUAACAGCACUAUACCCGCUAGUGAGGCCCCCGAUCGAGAGUCUGUUUCCAUCUCAUCCUUGAACUACUUCGAAGACGACACCGAGAUCUUGAACCUUGACAGUGUCGAUAUUUCGAAACGACCUCCCCAACACAUUGCCGAUACACUCGUGAACGUCUACUUCCAAUCGGUUCAUCCUGCAUUCCCUAUUAUAGGGAAGGGGAUCUUCUUAGGUCAGUAUCGAUCCUUCUACACGAAUCCGAACGUGCGACCUGGGAAGCGAUGGAUAGCUGUACUGAAUUUGGUGUUUGCUAUCGCGACAAGGUACUCCAAGCUCGUUGGUAAUGGAGCAGAGGGAGACGAUAAUGACCAUUUGAUGUAUUUUGCAAGAGCGUGGCAGCUGGGCAGAGGCAAUGUCGCGCUUCUGGAACACCCGAACUUACAGCAAGUCCAAGUGGAAGGCCUUUCUGCUUUCUAUCUCCUUUCCACUGGUCAAAUCAAUCGGGCCUGGCGAAUUAUUGGAAUUGCGAUUCGAUCUGCGGUAGCCAUGGGCCUCAAUCUUCGUAGCGAAACAGAGAGCAUUGCACAAGUCUCAAAGGAGACCCGAUACCGUGUGUGGUGGGCCUUGUUUAUGUUGGAUAUAGUGCUGUGUGCGAUGACCGGCCGUCCGCCUAGCACCGAGACGUUUUUCUGCACAACACCCCUUCCGAUUCCUUACAUCGAAGAGGACUUUGAAACCGAAGGCGUUGUGCAACUGAUCGGUGACCUGUCUAUCCGAAAUAACCUUUUGACUGCCCUGUUGAUUUCGGGUGGCGGCGGCACCCCGAAAUCCAGCGAUGCCUCAACCGAUUACACGCACGGGGCGACCACCAGCUCGAAGAAAGGGAAGGAAGCUGAGCAAACAGCCAAUUCCCUCACCGAUACAAUUACACCGAACAUCUCCCUACACUUUUUGUACGGGGUGGACCUGGCGUUUCUCAUGAGAGAUGCUAUUCAGACUCUGUACGCCCCUGGGACAACCAGGCGAUCAUGGAUUGAGAUGGAGGUUGCGAUAUCCAACUUGAACGCGCAAGCUGACCAUUGGCUCUCCCGCCUACCAGCUGAGUUCCACUUUACGAAGUUAGAUGCUCCCUCUACCGACCCUUUCGUUCGCCAGCGUAUUAGCCUCGGCUUCCGCUUCUAUACCACCAAGCUCAUUAUCUCCCAGCCCUGCCUCCGCCACCUCGCAUAUCAAGUUCCCGGUAGCGGUCCUUCUGGGGCUCUAUGUGGCACGAUGGCAGCCAUGUGCGUGCAAGUGGCAUCUGCAAUGCUGAAUAUGCUACCAAGUGAGCCAGACGCGCCCUGGCUCUUCGGGAUUUCCCCUUGGUGGUGCAUCCUGCACUACAUCAUGCAAUCUAUGACCAUCCUCCUCAUCGAGCUUUUCGCUCGCACACAACCCGGAACUCCCGAGGCGGCACGCCUCGUUGCGAAGGUCCAGAAGGCUGCCCGAUGGCUCCGCGAGAUGUCCACCAAGGACCAGUCCUCCCAUCGAGCUUGGCUUGUCUGCAUGGAUAUCCUCUCACGGCACGGUGAGAAGUUCGGCUUUGAAAUCGACGACAUACUCUAG